ACGUAUGAUGCCACGCGAACACUUGUAACUCAGCAUGUGCAUUUCUUAUAACUGCUGUUUCGCCGGUAACGUAUGUAGCAUGAUAGUUUAAAGCAGUUCUAAAGACAGAAUAAUAACUUUUUCUGUUUUGUAGAGUAAUUGAAUGUGUAUAUCUUGCGGUAAUUAAAAUUCAAAAGUUAGUUUUUUUCGUAUUUUUCAGUCGUUUUUUUAAAUAUGUUUCCAAAGGGUUGCAUUGGCAGUGUAAGACUUUCUUUAAAAAGUACCACCACUAAUAAAAAUCUUGAUGAAAUUGUAAUUUGAAUUUCUAGGUGUUUACAGUCUAAAUCCAAAAAGAAAAUCUUUUUUUUUGUAUAAUUGAUUUUCGCAGUUAUGUCUCAAAACAGCUUAUGCUCAUUUUAAGUGAAUAGAAUAAGUUUGCCAACGAUUUUGUAGCGCUUAUAUAUGCCAAAAAAUUACAUGGUACGUUUCUAUACAAAAAUAUAUUUCAUUUCAGCAGAAUGGCGGUAGACAUUUUAUUGUUGUUGACACUAAUUUGCACAAUUUCUAGUGUGUCUGCAUCAGAAGUUGUGUAUGCUGUUAACUGUGGAGGUGACAGCCAUGUUGACUCAUUUGGAAUCAAUUAUUUAGGUGAUCCUUUACAAGUUGGGACAAAAAGCGAUUACGGACGUCGACAAACUGUCACAAGAGCACCACCGAGUGACAAUAUCUUGUACCAAACGGAGCGUUGGCAUGACUCAACAUUUUCUUACAACAUCCCAGUACAAAAGGACGGAGAUUAUGUUUUGGUCUUAAAGUUUGCAGAAGUAUAUUUUUAUGGACCAAACCUGAAGGUUUUCAACGUUCAACUAAACGACCAUUCCAUUGUUCAAGACCUUGAUAUUUUUAACCUCGUGGGCCACAGCACAGCAUAUGAUGAAAUUAUUCCACUUUCAAUUAAGAAAGGAAAACUUAGCGUAACUGGAGAGUUUUCUACAUUCAAUGGGGUUCUGAAACUUGAUUUUAUGAAGGGCGCUGCAGACAACCCGAAGAUAUGUGCCUUCUAUCUGAUGAAGGGUACAGUGGCAGAUGUCCCAAAACUCCCGGAGUUAAAACAUCGGCCGACAUCCCAAGACGAGGAAACAGGGGAAGAGGAAGAGCCAGUUGAAGAUGACGAGAGUGAAGACACUGAAGAUCAACCGGAGCAGAGAAAGACCUCCAAAACUCAAUCGAGCCGGAAGAGCAAAUUGAAAUCCGGACCUCCAGCUGCUGAUCCUUAUGCGGAGGAUAGUGGAAGCUUAGUGAUGCCAAUUAUGGUCGCUUUUGGCCUUUUCAUUCCAACCGUCCUUUGUCUAUGCAGGCUCUAAAUGAAUCUGGGGAUCACUGAAAAGUUUUUGAAACGCAGCCGUGUUUUAAUUCGAUUGGUCACGCUACUUGGUCACUAAUACCUUGAAUCGCAAAUUUUAAUCCAGUUCCGUUUUUUGCACAAUCCUAAAUGUUCAAGAAAAUAGUUCGUUACGCCGACCGUAGUUAUUUUUGUUCGUAACUGAUACUGAAUUUUGCUAUCUUCAAUUUGAUUUUACUUUAAAAUAGAGUCCUUUUUCAAAAAAAUUACAAAUUUCUUAUUUUUCGAUACCCAUAAUUUUUGGUAUAAUCAAGGUCCAAAACACGUCCAGCUUAAAUUUUUUCAAAAAAUCAUUUCCAUUUAUGGCUUCCAGCAAAUUAGGACUGGUGUUAAAAAAUUAUUAUGGCUGCUAUUCCGAAUGUUACUGUGUUUAACUGCGCUGUUUAAAACAGGUCUUGUCCCCUGUUUUUCUACAUGGUGUGUUUUUUACAAUGUCUUUGUAAUCGGAAAAUUGUAGAAGCAUUGCGUUAAAACUUGUUGAAAACGAAAA